UUGUACCGCCCUUGAGGCAAAAUAAGUCCAACCCUCUUCUUAUAGAGUCUCUUAUUUCCAUAAGCUAAAGCCACGUACGGCGAGGGAAUGCUUCACCGCCAUAUUUCUAUUUAGCUUGAAUUUUUUUCCACAACUCCGAAGCCGAAAUGUGGCUCUCGCACGGAUGCGUAAAAGCCGCCGCGUCGUGCGUCGGUCGCCGCUUAUCGCGUGCGGUUGCCGGCAGGAGGAAGAAGAGCCACGCGGCGUCUGCGUUCAUGCCGGAGGCUGCGGGCUUUCUAGGCGUGCGGGACCACGGAGGGCUCCAGGAAUUUUCUAUAAGUCAGACGGAGAGUUUUUGGGCCGCCGUGGCUCGGCGACGGCUCGAAUGGAUCACCCCGUUUAGCGACGUUCUCGACUAUGACAUGGAGCGGGGCAAGGUGCGCUGGUUCCAGGGAGGGCAGCUCAAUGUCUCCGUAAAUUGCCUGGAUCGUCAUGCGCACAGCAAUCCGGACAAGGUGGCGCUCAUCUGGGAGCGGGAUGAGCCCGGAUCGGAAGUCAAGGUCACCUACAGGGAGCUCCUGGAGAUGACCUGUCGCGCUGGCAACCUGUUAAGGCGACGCAGCGUUAAGAAGGGUGACUGCGUCACCAUCUACAUGCCGCCGUGCCCGCUCGCCGUAGCGUCCAUGCUAGCUUGCGCUCGUGUGGGCGCCGCGCACAACGUAGUGUUUGCGGGGUUCAGCGCUGAAGCUCUCGCCGAGCGAAUUAGAGACGCGCGCUCCAGUACAGUAAUCACCGUCAAUGAAAGCGUACGAGGCGGCAAAGUGACACCCUUGAAGUCCACUGUGGACGCGGCGGUGCGUAACUGUCCGACUGUGCGCCAGGUGUUUGUCGUCAUGCGCACUGACGCGCCGGUUGCCAUGACGCCCAAAGAUGUCGCCAUGGAAGAGGAGAUGAUGUCAGAGGACACCGUGUGCGAGCCGGUCACAAUGGACAGCGAGGACGUUCUUUUCCUGCUCUACACGUCGGGGAGCACUGGAAAGCCCAAAGGUUUAGUGCACACGCAAGCCGGGUACCUUUUGUACACCUCGCUUACACAUAAGUACGUCUUCGACUACAACGACGGCGACGUGUUUGGCUGCGUGGCCGACAUCGGUUGGAUCACCGGACACAGUUACGCCGUGUACGGACCUUUAGCUAAUGGCGGUACUAGCGUCCUGUUUGAGAGCACACCCGUUUAUCCCGACCCGGGACGUUACUGGGAGAUGGUGGAGAGACUGAAAAUUAAUCAGUUCUACGGCGCCCCCACGGCAAUUCGCUUGCUUCUGAAGUACGGAGACGAAUGGGUGCGCAAGUACGACCGUUCCAGUCUCAAGACGCUCGGAUCCGUGGGCGAGCCAAUCAACACAGAGGCGUGGGAGUGGUACCACACUGUUGUGGGUGAAGGGCGCUGUCCUGUGGUGGACACUUGGUGGCAAACAGAGACUGGCGGCAUCUGCAUCGCCCCUCGGCCGUCAGAACCGAACGCCGAGAUCAUCCCCGGGAUGGCUAUGAGACCUUUCUUUGGCAUUAAACCGACGCUCAUGGACGCCGAGGGCAAACCGGUGACGUCCGACGACGCUUCCGGAGCGCUGUGCCUCGCUAAACCUUGGCCGGGAAUGGCCCGCAGCAUCCACAACGACCACCAGAGAUUCAUCGACACCUACUUCAAGACGUACCCCGGUUAUUUCUUCACCGGAGAUGGCGCCCAUUGUUCCAAAGAAGGUUACUAUCAGAUCACGGGGCGCCUUGACGAUGUCAUCAACGUGAGCGGACACAGGAUUGGAACGGCCGAGAUUGAAGAUGUGGUGAACCAAUGCUCUGCGGUGGCCGAGUCGGCAGUGAUCGGCUGCUCACAUCCAAUCAAAGGCCAAGGCGUCUACGCUUUUGUAGUCCUCAAACAAGACGCCCAAAAUGAUGACCUCACCUCACAAAUCAACAACACCGUAUCCAGUAAGAUCGCCAAGUACGCCUGCCCCGACCACAUCCAGUUUGUCCAACGUCUCCCGAAGACGCGUUCGGGCAAGAUUAUGCGUCGGGUUUUACGCAAGGUGGUCGAGCGAGACGUCGGCGACUUGGGUGACCUCAGCACGUUGGACGAUCCCGCAGCCGUGCAGGAGAUCAUCCAAGGUCAUCGCGACCUCUGUGGAAACUGAACAUUUUCUUCCAUUUUGUACUGUUUUAUUUGCUUUUUAUGACAACAAAACAACGUACUGUAAACAAUCAACUUGUAGUCUCGCUGGAAGCACUUUUAAAGACUCGUUGCUCAAAUAGACGGCGAUAGACGCCCGGUGAAACGUUCGUCUAUCGCUUUCUAUGACAGUGAAUACUGGAAGCAUGUUCUGCAGGCGUUUGUGCUCACAUGGCGGUCUCUGUCGGAUUCACUUUAAUCCGUUUCAACUCCCAGGCGCCGUCGCCACAUAAUUUCAGCUGUAAGUCGUGGUGCUACAACAUGAAGAAGCAGACAUGGGCACAAUUUUACCCUCAUAAUUGAAUGUAAAUACGAUUAUUUGUUGAUAUAAUGCACAAAAACCUCUUGGUGGAUGUGUAUGAAAUAAAUUUUAAAAAAAGACCUUCUCCAAACUUGUGCGGUGUCCCACGCUGACGAGCGUCAUGCCAAGCUGCUUACACGUGCGAUACAGUUUGGCUUCCGCUUCCUCUGUCAAGGCGCUGGUGGCUUCAUCCAGAACUGUCAUCAGAAGAACAAAUUGAGUCUGGGCUUUCCUGCUGAAGCUGAUGCCCCCGCGACCUAACCUCGGAUAAAAGGGAGAAAAUGGAUGUUUUUUGCAAACCUGCGUAUUUGGGCUGCAGGUAGAAGAGUCGAGCGAAACAAAGACGCUGCAUCUCACCAGGAGACAGAACGUCGUACCUGCGCAAUCGGCAAAAGGAUUGAAUAAAUAUGUUGCAGGAUUAGACUUGUACUCUGGUCCUGAUGAUCAAUGAACAUACGUGGUUGACUAUGAGAAAGUACCCACCAGUUCCAGUCCACAACUUUAUCCAGACCACCUGUCCGCUUCACCAGACUUGACUGGAAUUAAACACAAUGAUUAAAAAAGGACAAUUUAUAGUAAGGCUUUUCUAUUUUUAACCAAAAAAACAAUCAUGUAUAGGAAGGCGUUUUUCCGCAAAAAACAACCAUGUAUAGG